UCCAUGUGGCAGUUAGGAGCAUGGACUGAGAUCAGACAAACAAUUCAUACCCUGACCACCACCUAUCUGGAGUCUGAGACCUCACAUCUUCAUCUGUAAAAUGAAGUAUAUUGAACCCUGACCUUGGAGUGGAAUGGCCCGGUACUGUGGAAAAAACAUGUGCGUUGAACCCGACUCUCGGCUCUGCAUUUGGCGGCUGUAGGAAGUUCCAUCAAGGCCACGGUGUCCUCAUCUGUACAAUGGGAAUAACACCUACCUCACAAGGCUGUUGAGAGGAUUAAGUGGCAUGGCUCUAGGAACUUUCCUGGCAGUGAGCAGAUGAAGCCUCAGAACUCUUCUCACCAUGGCCCUCCAGAGACGUCCUGCCAGUGAUUGGAGGGACCGAAAAGACAAGAACACAUAUGCCAUUCCCAGUUCUUUGCCAUCAAAACUACACUUUGGUAGAGGAAAUACCUGCUUACUGUUUGUUCCUAAGGACUCAAUUUUCUUAGAAGCUAGAAGCCUGAGCACAAAAAAAUCAAGAUUUUGUCUCAUCCCUGCCUAUUGUCAUUAUAUUUCAUAUGUCUUCAGAAAUAGAAGACUUUUUUUCCCAAGGAGGAGUUUGAGGGCAAGGAAGAGCACAGGCUCCGGACGCGCAGGCUCAGAGGCCAUGGCUCACGGGCCUAGCCACUCCGCGGCAUGUGGGAUCUUCCUGGACUGGGGCACAAACCCGUGUCCCCUGCAAUGGCAGGCAGACUCUCAACCACUGCGCCACCAGGGAAGCCCUAAGUCUUUUUCACCUUCAAGACUGAACCAUGACAUCAAAAGCUUCAGAGAAGGAGAGUCUGGACACCCUUUGGACUAAGUGCAUCACCAAUAUUCUGCCAGAACUUGAGCUGGGCGGUAAGGAGAACAGAUGUGAACAUGAACUUCACGCUGCCUGCUGUGCUAUUGAAACAUUGUUGCUUCCUGAGUCUCCAACCUGCCAGCCUUUGGACUGAAACUAGCUGUUGGACCUCCUGGGACUUGCCGGCCUCCAUAAUCAUCCUGGUGGGAUGCUAAGCAGAGGACCCAGACAAUCUGUGUGCAGACUUCUGACUCAGAGAACUGUGAGGAAUGCAACAUAUUUGAACAGCACAAAGGAAGUGGAUGGGAGCAAGGCUAUGUUGGAGUAAGGAAACAAUGCCAGAUGGCGACGUGAAUGUACGGGGACAAAGGAAGAGAACCAAAAAUACCUCAAAUAUGUGGAUAUUUUCUUGGUUUUGUGCCAUUUUAAUUAUCUUGGCUAUUGCUGGUGUGGACACAAUAGUAAAGACCACACCAUAUACCAAAUUCACGAAGAAGUCUGAGGGAAAAGAGAUGCCAAAGGGUCCAAAGCCAUUCAGUGGCCAACCUCCAGAAGAAGAAGAAACCCCCUUCACAGAAGAGGCUGAAAUGGCAGAACUAACCCCUGACCCCUCAGCUUUCAAUCCUGACUUUGGGGCUGCCACCCUCUUCCCCUCUGAAAACCUCGCUCUUGACACAGCUGGUUUCUUCUUGAAUUGCUGUGAUUGUUGUUCAUCUGGACCAGGGCAAAAAGGAGAACCUGGAGAGACUGGAAAGCCAGGUUUUAAGGGAGAAGCUGGUGAUAUGGGGAUCCUAGGGCCACCAGGAGUCACUGGACCCCAAGGUCCAAAAGGCCAGAAAGGAGAGAAGGGACUUAAGGGAGAACGUGGGGAGCAAGGAACAAAUGGAGUUCCAGGAUACCCAGGAAAACCUGGAGAACCAGGUGGACUUGGUCCUAAGGGAGAUAGAGGAAACAUUGGCCUGGCAGGAGUGAAAGGACAAAAAGGCUCGAAGGGGGACACGUGUGCCAAUGGUACCAAAGGAGAGAAAGGAGAUAAAGGAGACCGAGGGGCUGUGGGUGCACCAGGCUUGAAUAGAGAGCCUGGGGCCAAGGGAGACAAGGGGGAGAUGGGGGAUAAGGGCUACUGUGGAGAUUCUGGGGAGAGGGGGGGAAAAGGAGAAAAAGGCAAGGAGGGCAUGAAAGGAGAAAAAGGUAGCAAAGGAGAUAUUGGAACGGAGGGGAAAAGUGGUUCAGACGGGCUGCCUGGGCCCCAAGGUGAUCCAGGAGUUAAAGGAGAAAAGGGAGAGUUGGGUCCUCCUGGUCUUGUGGGACCUGCAGGGCCAAAGGGUGAGCUUGGGAGCAAAGGGGUCCGAGGGUCUAUUGGGAAGAAGGGCUCUCGGGGCCUCAAGGGCUCCAAGGGGGAGGUGGCCAGAGUCCCACGGUCAGCUUUCAGUGCUGCUUUAUCCAAGCCUUUCCCUCCUCCAAAUGCCCCUAUCAAGUUUGACAAGCUUCUCUAUAACGACCAAGGGAACUACAGCCCUGUCACUGGGAAAUUUAAUUGUAGUAUUCCUGGGGCAUAUGUUUUUUCCUACCACGUCACCGUGAGGGGCCGACCUGCUCAGAUCAGCCUGGUGGCCUGGAAUAGGAAGCAGUUCAAGUCCAGAGAAACACUCUAUGGUCAUGAAAUAGACCAGGCCUCUCUCCUCAUCAUCUUGAAAUUAAAAGCAGGGGACCAAGUCUGGCUGGAAGUUUCAAAAGAUUGGAAUGGGGUGUAUGUCAGCGCUGAGGAUGAUAGCAUUUUUACUGGGUUCCUUUUGUACCCAGAGGAAAACCCUGGAAUUUCACCAUAAACUUGUAUCUUCGACACUGUAGUUUGUGUUUAGUGGAAUAAGUCAGGUAACAUUGGGUAGUGCUAUUGAAAAAAAUAACCUUCAUUUUUUUCAUGAUUAU